AUGUCCCUCUCUUCGUCCACCCUCUCACUCAAGUUUAUGCAGCGGGGCAAAGCCCCCGCCGGCAACGCCACCCCGUCAAAAAACACCAACAAGGCCGGGCAACAUCCCACCCCCUCCGCCUCUGCCGGUCCCUCCACUUCCAACUCUCCCGCUCCCGCUUCCCUCAUCACACCAAACUCGACAGACAGACCGGAGGAGGUCUCACAGACGCUGGCUAGGGAGGAAGCGGCGAAAUGGUAUAUCCCCCGGCCAAACAAGCCUGCCACUGCUGGUGCGGCGCCAAAGAAGGGUGAUGUCAGGGUGGAAUAUGAGGCCUCUUAUGCGCCAUUCCUUCCUGGGUUUGAUGACCAAGAUUCUGAUGAGGAAGAUGAAGAUGCAGGGGAGAGAACAGCGGGAGGAGGAAGGAUGGUGUUUGGCGGGUUUGGAAAGCCGAAAGGGAAAGAGAAGGCCGAAGAUGGUGAUGAUGAGGAUGCGGCCAUGGAUAGCGAGGAGGAGGAAGUGCAGGACAAGAGAGCGAAACCUCGUGUGGAAAAGAGAAAGAGUUUUGCAAAAGACAAGAGAGAGCAGAAAGUCCCUGCCCAACAACCUCCAAAGACAUUCCUUCGCCCUGCCAUGUCUCCCCCACCCUCAAAUCCAAAAUCAAGCUCUUCCCGCCCCAAGUCUUCCACCCAAAGCGUCUCGUCUCUGAAACAAGAACCCAACACUGCUUUAUCGUCCAAAAAGCACAAAGCGUCAAAGAGACCAGCUCCGCCCGAAUCCCCUCAGACGAGUUUUACUGGGUCCGGGGCGGGGGUCAAGAAGGCAAAGAUUGAGCCGGAGGGGGGCAAGCAGAAAGUGAAGAAGGAGAAGAGUGGCGGUGGGGGUUCGCUGGACGACAGAGAGAAGAUGAUGAAGGCGCAGAAGAAGGCAGAGAAGCGGAGAGCCAAGGAGGUGAAGGGACUGUAG